AUGACGCAGUUAUGUUCUCUUGAACACCACGACCAUGCCGUACGACUACUACAUCAACGUAUGACGUGUGUUAACACGUUGUUCCAAACCGACGGGUUGACGAAACGUCCCAUCCAGACUUGUCUACGCUGUCUGCUGCUGUCGUCGGGAAACCGCUGGAUUCCAACUGGUUUUGUGGUUAUGAGAGAGUGCACGGACUCGCCCCGUUCUGUGCACUGUAGAGAUGCUGCACAGAACGCACCAGUCUAUAACUGCCUGGAUAGCAUCAUAUGUGUUCCGUAUCAUUACUUCUGUGAUAAUUACGUGGACUGUGAUACGGAAGAGGAUGAGCUGAAUUGUGACCAGCAGUACGUUACCGGGUGUCAUUUCGGAGCGCUUCAAAUGACGUGCUCUGACGUCACGCUGAAUGCUUCUUAUGGCAACGAUGUGCCAAAUAACAUCAGAUUCAUAUCUUUGGAUGGAGUGCAUACAACCAGGGAAGACGCAGACGUGACUGUCACUUCACUGGUCAACUUAACGCGUUUUCCUUACGUCGUCAAGCUAUAUUUGAUCAACAACAACAUCACCGAAGUGAAUCUCGGUAGAGAAGGCUCACUACCAUACCUCAUGACAGCGGACUUGUCUAAAAACAACAUCCGGAGCCUUGAGGCAACCUCAUUUUUGGCAUCCCCAGGCAUCGUACAUCUCGAUUUGUCACAGAACUAUAUUUCGUACAUCGAUCCCGCAGCCUUUCGGCAUUUGUCACUCCUAACCGAAAUUUCACUCAGGGACAACCUGAUCCACACAUUGAACGUGAACACCUUCCGAGGACUGAGCAAACUGGAAGUAAUAAACAUCAGCCACAACGACAUACAGGAUCUUGAGCCGGGACUUUUUGACAACUUGAAAAACCUCACAUCGUUGAAUAUUUUGGAAAACAGUAUGACUUCGCUUCGUCGUGGGACCUUCAGAGGUUUGUCGCAGCUUACUCAACUGAUUAUAGCUGAUAUACCACUCCGGUAUAUAGAACAAGGAGCGUUCCAAGACCUGACAUCACUUAUCUCCCUUCAGUUAUCGGGCAACAAUUUGGAGCUAAUUUACGCCGGUACGUUUCAGGAAUUAACGUCGCUCACUCACUUGGUUAUCGUUAAGAACUCAAUAUCAACGCUUCAACCUGGCGUCUUUAAGGGACUGCACUCUCUGGAAUCUAUGAACCUUGUGAACAACAAUAUCACAGAAAUCGAACCAGGUGCCUUUAAUGGGCUAGACAACAUUGUAUAUCUAGAUUUAGGGAACAACAGUUUUUCUGAGCUGAGGGCAGGUACGUUUUCUGGAAUGCCCAACCUACAAAUCUUGCAGAUGGCAUACGUUCCCUUGGAGCACAUAGAGCCUCGUUCGUUCCAAGGACUCCCCAAUCUUCUAACUCUGAAUAUUCUUCAAGCUAAGCUGAAAUCCCCAAGCCAGGGAAUGCUAAAUGGAAUUAACAACCUGUCUUCAAUCUCAACGAGUGACUACCGUCUAUGUUGUCUACUCGACCCUGCGUGGAAUGCAUCAUGUAUCGGUCCGAGUAAGUCCUUCUCGUCCUGCGAGCGUCUCAUGCCAAACUACGUCCUGAGGAUCGCAAUAUGGCUGCUCGGCAUCAGCGCCAUCUUUGGCAAUAUCUUCGUCAUCGGCAAACGGGCCACGAAGAAACGUCGACGCGACGUAACCGUCCAGGGUUUCCUCAUCACCCACCUCGCUAUCUCAGACGCCAUGAUGGGUUUGUACAUGAUCGGUAUAGGAGUUGCAGACUCGUACUUCAGCGGGAACUAUUUUCUGCACUCCGAGAGGUGGCGAUCCGGUGGCUGGUGUAAGACAAUAGGUCUAUUGUCCAUGCUCUCAGCUGAGGCAAGCGUCUUUCUUGUCAUGCUAAUCAGUCUGGAUAGAUUUGUGAGUAUUGCAUUCCCCUUCAGCCGUUUCAAGCUGGAGAUACGCUCCGUGCGCGUUUACAUCGCCGUGGCGUGGAUCAUUGCGUUCGCUUUGAGCUUGACCGGGACAAUCAUGGCGGGUUCAUCGCCGUCCUUCUAUGGUCUGUCGGACGUUUGUGUCGGCCUGCCUCUUAUCACCAGCCCGGUCAAUGGCUCCUCUACGUGGAUCUAUUCCCGUAAGACGGGAACGUACGUCUACGAGGUCGUCGUGCCCAGCACCAAGCCCGCAUGGGGCUUCUCCGUCUUUCUCUAUAUCGGGCUCAACUUCUUCUGCUUCGUCGUUGUGCUAAUCUGCUACGUGGCGAUCUUCGUCAUAGUGCGGCGUUCGUCGCGAAGCGUCGCCCAGCGCGGCACCAUGGCCAGGAAGCCCUGCAACGGCACCUCCUCCGGGGCCAAGUCCCAACGGAGUGCGAGCUUCUCCCGGGAGGUCAAGCUUGCCACCCGUAUGGCUCUGGUUGUCGGUACGGACUUCUGCUGCUGGAUGCCCAUCAUAAUCAUGGGCAUUCUCACCCAAAGCGGGACCAUCACCGUGCCUGAUGAACUAUACGCCUGGACUGUGGUCUUUAUCCUACCCAUCAACUCCUCCCUCAAUCCCUACCUCUACACCAUCUCGGAAAUGUGGUCCAAGCGUAAGAAGAAGGGUGCGGGAUACACGCAGUGUAUUCGUAUGAACUAUUCGUCGCCGGGAGGACGCGAGCACGACCGUAAUAACGUCAUGGAAACAGAUACCGUAGGUAUAACACAGGGGUCUUCUUAGCAAUGGAAGUGUAGGUCGUUGCUGCAGUUAUCUUCUAUUCGACAAUGAAAGACAAACCAAACGAAGCCCCAUCAAAGCCUGUAAACUGUAGACGCAAGCAUAGACCAAACUGCAGAGGCUCUCAAGCGAUGCGCGGUCCCAAUGGACUUUGUAGACGUCAUCAAAGACGUAAACCGACGGGAAAACGUUACAAAUUCACCGCAGAUCGUGACGUUCGCACGGAGCAUUGUUUUGGCAAGCUUACAACCUCCUCUGAACAUCUACACGUGGACGCCAUUGUACUCAGUGACGUCAAGUUCAUGAAGUAACUAGAGGUCAAUGUCGUUGAACGUCACAUGGGAUGGUGAUCCACUUGUUAGGAACCAAUCGGGAGGAGCAAACAGUUAUUAUUGGCUCUUUUGACUGGAAACAGCCGUCUGUUAUAUGGAAAUACUGCAGCACAUCGACAGGACACAGCCGUCUGUUUUAUUGAAAUAUUGCAGCAGCUUGACUGGAAUCAGCCGUCUGUUUUAUUGCAAUGUCGCAGCAACUUGACUGUAAACAGCCGCCUGUGAUUUGGAAACACUGCAGCACCUUGACUUUAUUCUUGCUCUUGCUUUUUUUCUCAUCGGAGGGGGUGGGUGGCGAAUCCUCGUUCACAGACGUUUGUUGGGUUUAAUAGUAUAAAACCAUCCAAACAAAUCUUUAUAUCACAAAUGCAUACAAACUUUACAGUGCGUUCUCCUCCUAUAAUGUAUUUUUCAUUGAUCUGCGAUGUGUAUGUAAAUUGCGCCUGAUGGCACCUACGGCUCUCUGGCUCUCUUGUAAACAUGUCAUAUCAUAGUUUAGACAAGAGUUUAAGAGACAUUAAAACAUAACCAGUCAUUAAUAUUAAACACCGCCCUCUUUCGGUCAGAACAAGCGGGGAGUGUGACACUAUACAAAGACCAUUUUUUUUUUUUUUUUUAAUGGUUGUUUAUGUGUGUGUCUGUUUAUUGAUUUGUCUGUUUUUUUUUGUGUAGAUUGUUUUCAUGUCAAGGGAACUCGCAACAAACUGGCAACAGCCAGGUUCUCCCAUAGAAGCAUUAGUUUAUAGGCAGUGGACAUUAUUGGUAAUUACUCAAAAAAAAUAUUAGCAUAGAACCUUUCUUGGUGAUG